UCUUGUUUAGUAAGAUUACUAAUAAAUCUAUUUGAUUGAAACUUUUUGCUCAACGCCAAUAAAUCACACAUGCCACCGUACUGACAUGUGUCACUCGAUUCGACAUUUUGACCGCUUUAUUUUUGUACGUCUAAUUGCUUUCUGAAUAAUUUAUUUUCGAAUAUUUAUCCAAAAUGACCUCCCCUACCGCGGAACGGCGUUACGAGUCUAUGCUCUUCAACUACGAAACAACUGGGAGGACCGAUUUCCGCGAUGGGAGGAUCAAGCCGAUCAUAACAACUGAGUACAAGCCCAAGUCUACCUGCCUGAGGGUGCGCCCUCCUCCAUUGAAGGAUAUACAUGCACUGACGGACUGGCGAGUGCCGAACGUGCCGUUCAACCUCAUGCAUAAGCCUAAGGACGUUGUGAGGACCAACCCUCGAGUGGUUCAAGAACCUUUUCACGAGCCCGAAGACGAGAUUCGCGAAGAAGUGCAACGCACAAGGCCUCGGCUGGUGAUGACGCCUGCGGUUAGUCUGGAUGACAUAGAGCCGGUGACCCGCAAGAUGCUAGUAGAAGACGUAUACGUCACGAGCGUCAUGCAAAUGAUGCGCGAGUCGGGAGUGUCCGAAGGCUCCAGCCUCCGCGCGCCCUUACCUAAGCUGCCUGCACCCGCCAACCCGAUAACCCUGCCGAAACUGUUGCCUCAAUACGUAUCUCCCGAAUGGCGCAUGGACUCGGCGGCGUGGGACAACCGCCAGCUUCGCACCUACUGUGACCCCACCAAGGAGUUCUGGCUAGCUUUUCAGUCCAAAUGUGACGUAUGCGACGAAACGGCGGAGCGCGAGGCCCAAAGGAAAAUGCGGAGGCUAGCAAAACGACGAUAA